CGAUUUGCGGACUUUGUUCUGUUGGCAUUGUAAAACGAAAAUAUUCACUCAACACUGAUGAAUGUUAUCAAAAAGUGUCUUACAAACGACCCUGUCUGUCUUACAAAUGAUCUUAGCAAUGGAUACAAAAAUUUGUCAUCACGCCUUUUGGCAUCCAACAGCUGGGGUCACGUUUUAUCUGAGUCACUCAAGCCCAUAAAAUAAAAUCAUUUAGGAUUGGUGGCUUGACGAAAUUUUGAGGGUUUACCAAGGCCACAGUUUUCAAUUGAGGUUAUUGAUGAGCGGUAGAACAAAGUUUAGGAACAGAAUAAUCGGUUUGACCAUAGGAUUGUUUAAAUGAGUCAAUAUACGAUUGGCGGAAUGAUUAUGGUCUUACUUAACUUGGAACGAAUACAUCAGUUUAAGCUCUUCAAAUCGCAAAAGAUUUCGCCAAACUACUGCCUGCCACGAAAGCCAACAAGAUGGCGUUGCGUUCAACAUUUUUAUAAAUGAAGGUAUCUGUGUAUACACUGUAAUAAAAUAAAUAUUUGUAAUUGAAUUUAAAAAAAAUCUGUAUGUAAAUUCUGUAUCAUUGCCGAAAAUCUGUAAUUCUGUAUCUGAAAUUUGGCGAAAAAUCUGUAAAAUACAGAAUAUUCUGGAUAUGUGGCAACCCUGGUGUACACGUGUUCUGUUAAACCAUUUGUUUUAUCUGUUUUAGAAUUAGUUCGUUCUUCCAAACCAGAAAUGAGUGCAUUAGCCCUGCUGAAAGCGUGACAUAAAAUUGUUGUACUUGAACCGAUUCAUUUAUCAUGGAUCCACAAAAAAACAUGGUGGAACAGUUAUGCUUAGAAUAUCAACAUGGGACAAUUGAGCUUGAUUUUGUUUUUUUAAAAGCUGGGAACAAACAAUAUCUUUUUUGUGUUUUUUUUCGGAAAAAUAGGCAUUAAAACAUCGUUUUAUGAAGGAAACUCAAAAUUGUCAAAAAUUAACAUGGGACAACUAUGCGUAGAACGGCAGUGUACAAAUUGCAAUAUUCUUGGGAUUGAUCCGAAACGAAACACAAAGCCAUUCAUGACGAAAUUAUUUCCUUCCCGUAUAACCCAAAUAUUUUUAAGACACAGUAGUAGAUUCGUCUUAUCAGUAGUUGAUAUCAGAAACAUUUGUUAUCCACAAAAUCAAGAUACGUUCUGUCCGCAUUUCGAUUACAACAGUCACAUCACUAGUAUUCGUUCAAGCGCGCGUAAGCUCAACAAAAUCCACUGAACACCGAUUGACAGUUGCCGUUUGGUUUCGUUGAAUUGUCAGGUGAUCGUUUUUUCACUGGUGCUGUUGGUUUUCAAAUUGCGAAAUUUUCUAACUAUCCGCGGUUCCAAAUUAAAAUGAAUGGCCAAUCGCUAAAGAACGACGAUCGUUAUCCGAUCGCGGAACGAAAUCGUCGGGCCAAAAUGAAGUUUCUCGUCGGAGUGAAGGAUUUCUACGAUAACAAGAAAACCUCCAUCGAGUUGCGCACCACAGGAAACCCCGAGAUGGAUCUAUCCAUUCCUGGUACUCCUGUUUCAUCGAAAUAUCUCAGUUCGUUGCCAAGUCGGCAGUUAAAGGCAGAAGAGCAACAAAAGGACCAUGUUCUACUGCCAAAUGAGAUCAUUAUCAGCAGCAUGGUCAUCGACAAGUUUCUAGCGGACAUGAAAACUUUGGAUUCCGACGAAAACUAUGCUGAAGUCACUGACAAAGUCGAAGAAGAUGAAACCAAAGUGGAAACCAAGCAAGAGAAUGCUACUGCUGAGCAAUACUUUCUAGAGUCGGAGCAAAUGCGUAUGUACCAACGAACAUUCAGCCAAGCUGUGCAGACAUUGCACAGUGCUGAGGUAAAAAGUCCUCUCGUAAAACGCUACUUUGAAGAGUCAUCUGCUAAGCAAACCUACAGUCGCGACUUCGAAGAAUCUUGCAAGGUAUUGGAUCCUACACAAUUACCAUCCGAUCAACUGGAUAUCGACUCAACAACCAUCACGAAAGGUUACAAAACAUCGGUUCCGGGAACUCCCAUUGAUUCGAAGCAUCUGAAUAACCUCAAAUUGAAGAACUACAUCAGUGACUCUUCGGAUGAUGAGAAUGAUGAUGAAUAUAUUACCUCCAAACUAGCUGAUCCAUUGGAUAAGUUUAUUCGUGACAUGGAACAACUGAAGGCAGCAAAGUAUGGUGAUAUGAGCAAGAUAAAAAAUGAUACUUCGGGAAACAUUUCGUCGGAGGUAGUUCAGGAAUCCUCCGAAGUGAAGCAACCUGAGAUUGAUUCGAUUGAACAACCAUUGGAUUUGGAGCAGACUAUUCAAAAAUGUGGCUCAUUGGAAGAAUUGCUUGGAAAAUUCCAACCUUUGGAGGUUGACAAGCAAAACAGAAACGAGUUUUGUGUUGAUGAGUACAUGAACACCUCGGAUGAUAGAAGGACCUACGCGAGAACAUUUUCGGAAGCCGCUCAGUUAUUGCACUCAACAGAUGCGAAAAACCCGAACCUUUGCAAUUAUUUUGAAGAGUCGGAUAAGAUCAAAUCUUUCAAACGUGGAUUCUCAGAGGUGUACCAAGAGAUUGGAAAACAACACGAUAACCAAUGUGGCGAUGAAAGACGGAACGAAAUUUCAGUUACAUGCUCCAGCGCCUUUGAUAGAUCAGCAGCAACAGCUUCAACUUCAAAUGAAUGUGUUAGGAAUGAAACAGAAGAUAUAUCCAUACCGGGAACACCUAUCAACUCGAGAAAGAUAUGUCCGAAGGACAAAACGAUGCCUACGAUUGAAGCGAAACGAGAGAAUGGAGCCGACCGUCCGGAGGUUGAUAAGUCAAUACCAGAACGCAACGGGAACGUCGACAGGGAGUUCUGGAAGAAUUUUGGUGCUGCGUCGUUGUAGUGCACUAAAAUAUAGACGAAGAAUUAGGAGGAAAAUUAAUUUCAAAAUAAUCGUUUAAAUAAUAAUUGAUGAAUAAAGUUGUAUAAGUUGAACUUAAAAUUGUUUCUUGUUUUCAUGGUAGAGAAAUCAACCCAAUAAUCGAG